UAGCGCGUAUCGGCGUGUAUUUGCAGAAGGGGCCGGCGGGCGCGGGGCGGCUGGGCGCAGCACAGUGAGGGCUUUGUGGGGCGGCACAGGCUGCCCUCUGUGCGCUUCCCCGCGCCGGGUGCGGUCUGCGCUGAGCGACGGCGCUUUGACGCGUUGUUAAAGUUGGCACCUGCGCGGCUCUCGGUGCUGUGGUCUUCGCUACGCGCCAUGGACAUGGCCGGCCACAGUCUGCUCCUGCUCCAGCAGCUGAACAUGCAGCGGGAGUUCGGCUUCCUGUGCGACUGCACAGUUGCCAUUGGAGAUGUUUAUUUCAAAGCCCACAGAGCGGUGCUCGCUGCUUUCUCAAACUAUUUUAAGAUGAUAUUUAUCCAUCAGACAAGUGAGUGCAUAAAGAUUCAGCCUGCAGACAUCCAGCCAGACAUUUUCAGCUACCUCCUGCACAUCAUGUACACCGGGAAGGGGCCAAAGCAGGCGGUCAGCCAGAGCCGGCUGGAGGAGGGCAUCCGCUUCCUGCACGCCGACCACCUUUCCCACCUCGCUGUCGAGAUGAACCAGGCCUUCCCCUCAGAGGCCGUGCAGUCCUCAAACCUCUACGGAAUCCAGAUCUCCACUGCACACAAAGCAGCAAAGGAGCGGCCAGGCGCCAAGGAGACGCUGGGCAGCGUGGGGGGCCGGCCUUCUGCCCCAGCUGAGCACCCGCAGCUGCAGCUCUCCCUCGCCAUCGGCCUGGACGACAGCAGCCGUGAGCAGCCAGGCCCGCAUCCCACAGCCCAGCCCGCAGCGCUGGCCAGGCCAGCAGAGGAGGUGCCCAAGCUUUCUGUCUCCAUCAAGCAGGAGAAAUGUGAGACUGAGCCCGUGGUGUCCCAGAGCUGCAGCCCUCCUUCCCCGGACAGAGCAAACCCCAUCCUUGCCAAGGCCAGCCUCAGGGUGCACCUGUGUCACUACUGCGGGGAGCGCUUUGACUCGCGGGCCGGGCUGCGGGAGCACCUGCACACCCAUGUUUCAGGCUCGCUGCCGUUCGGUGUGCCAGCCUCCAUCCUGGAGAGCGGUGGGCUCGGCGAGGUGCAGCCCCUGAUGGAGGGCAGGGAGAGCGGGCAGCGCCUCGGAGCCUUCCUCCUCAGGGAGGAUGAGAACCCGCUGGAACAUGCGGGCUGUGGUGAGCUUGAGCCCCUGCAGAUCGGGCAGCUCUCCCUCAUCUCCAAGGACCACGAGCCGGUGGAGCUGAACUGUAACUUUUCCUUCUCAAGAAAGAGAAAAUUGGGCUGCACUGUCUGCGGCCGCACGUUUUUCCGCAAGAGCCAGCUGCUGGAGCACAUGUACGCACACCGGGGGAAGCAGCUCAAGCACGGCCGCAGCCCACGGCUGGAGAGUCCCCUCACCCCAAGGUUCCGGCCCUACAGUGACAGUGAUGGCGUGGGGAAGAGUUCCAGCUUGUCCCAAGAUCACUUGGAUGAGUGUUUACUGGAGUCUGAUCUCAUCCAGGAAAGCGUGGAUACGAUCCUGGUAGAGUAGUUCUCCCUGUGCAGCCUUUGGACACUGAUUAGGGGCAUUUUCUGUGCACUGAGCUGCCAGAUCUGACUGUUGUCCUCAGCCAGAGUUGCCCUCUCACUGAGCUAGCUGUGAAGAAUGGUGUGUUUGGUUUGUGUGUUUACUUUUUUACCUCUCUAACUUUUAAACUCAAGCUAAUUCAACUCUUAAGUCCUUGAAGCCUCCAUGUGACUCGGUUACAUUUUCAUAGAUGUGAACUUGUUCUUGCCCUGCUUUACUGGAGUUCGUGUCGUGUCGCUGGGUGUGAGGUUUACACAUCCCCUAAUACACGGAGUGGCGUCAAGGGCUGUUUGUGGCCCAUAAAGUUGUUCUUCUGGUUCUAGAUUGAGGGGAAUGUAGAGGGAAAUAUAUACAUUGUUCUUCCCCAAUAGUUUGGUUUUAAUUAAAAUAAAUGAGGAGAUAGGUCCCAAAGUUUGUGUUUAUAACUGCAGUUAAUAAAUCUCUGCAUAAAUGCACGUGGGAGCCAUAAGGCUCAUCUUUUCAAGGGAAUUGGUGGCAACCUUGACUUCAACAGGCCCUAGAGUCCUCAUCAAAUGAAUUGCUAACAUUUAUUUGCAUAUUGCUUGCAUAACUAGGAGUUGGACUUGACGAUCCUUUUGGGUCCCUUCUGACUUGGGAUAUUCUAUGAUUCUACUCUGAGAUGUGCUUAAGGGCUUCACAUGGGUUUUUUCCUGUUCCUCCCUCCUCAGCUGCUGCUGCAUGAACAAGACAUGCAUUGAUGCCUCUUUGUGGUCAGCUCCCAUUACUGGGCCUUCUGAGCUCUGAGGGAUGGGAGCUGUGAGGGAACGUCCACUCACGGAGCUUCUGAGUAACACGUCCUGACCAAAGUCUUUACAGGCCUAACCAGCUCACAAGGCUUUGCUAGGAGAUAGUCAUAGAAUCAUUCAGGUUGGAAAAGACCACUAAAAUCAUCUAGUCCAACCAUCAACCCGUAUCAACCCACCCAUACCAUGCCCAUGAACCACAUCCCUCAGUGCUACAUGUCUAUGGUCCUUAAACAAAUACAUACCAUGCUAUUCUCUGCUUGUGGAGCCCUUACCUAAUUCCUUACCUAAGAUGGUAAGAUGUAGACUUUGCCUUUCAUUACUCAAUUUCUGAAGCCCAAGAGGGGGUUUAAAAUUGUACACAUUCCUCUGGUGUUUUAUCCCUCUGUAGUUUUCCACCAGAGGUACCCGUGCUUCCCACCAGCUGGGCUCCAAUCCAUCCCAUCUCAACAUUGCUGUACUUAUGGCACUGAGAUUCCUCCUGCAGCGAGAAGCUGGGGCCUGGUGAGCUGCUCCAGUAACCCCAAACCCCAUUACUCAUUACACAUCCCCCAGCCCCUGCGGAAUUGAGUCAUUGUAUAGGAAAGGAGGUUUUGAACAAUGGUGAGAACUGUUUGCUGUCAACGUGCCCGGUCCACAUCUCUUUGUAGCCAGGACCCUCGAGCUGUCAUCUCAUUCUGGAGUAGGAUCUGGAAUGAAACCACUGCUGCAUUUAGAGCCCGUGGAGGCCGUUGUGAGGGUGGCUGCUGGGCAGGGGAGCUGAGCUCUGCAGGGGAUGGAGCGGCCGCCAAGUGGUGUUUUAAGACAAAGGAGGAAAACAAGCAGGCCCUGAGCUUGCGUGGAUGCUGAGUUGCUCUGCCCACUGUGUGCCUGUCGGGUGUUCGUCUUGCUCUGGUGGGGCUGCAGCUGGGCUGGGUGGAAAAAGAGGUUUUGUUGAGCAAACAACGAAACCCUCCCAACAGGCAGACUCUCAGGGCCAGCUGCUUGCAUACUGUGUCCCUGAAGUUCAGUGGGAUGGCUAAAAAAUGGAGUGCUGUGACAAUUCCCUAUUCAGGUUCAUGUGUUUGCUUCCAGGAGCACAAAGGGGAAUCUGCUGGGUAGAGAGAGAGCUGUGGGAGGGAAGUUGAAGCUGCAGAAGUGAGCUGAAAGUGACAGUUUAUAGACAGUUGAGCAGUCCAUGGGCACUUGGUGACCUCAACGAGAUCUCUAACUCAUCUGAACUCAUCUGUGUUGAGAGUCAGUGGCCCUUGAUGUAUUUGCAAGUCCUGCCGAGAUCAGCAGGACAGAUAAACCCAUGGUGGGGAUGCUUUGAACACAGUGUAGUCAACAAAGGGCUCAGUAUUGGGGACAACAGGAAAUGUUGGUUUGGUUUUGGCCAUUAAAGGCAGCUUCAAUGAAGGUGGUGAGCUGGGCCAGAAGCGAUGUCCAUCCGUGCGUCAGCUGUGGUUUGUGCACACCUAUUGCAGGAGCACCUCUGUGUAACACUACAGCUCCAUCUCAGACAGCACUGUGCUCAGCACAUCUCUGAUACUCCUUACCAUUCCUCCCCCUUUUAGAGUGUGCUUUGGUUCAUCUUUGUGGCACUGAACAUCUGUGACAUCAAACGUUGGUGAAAGGCAUUUUCUCAUCAUUUGCAAUAGAAGAAGAAAUGUAUUUUCAGCAUUUUUCUUCUGAGUGUUAAAGCGCUGUUACAAUUAAAGCAGCAGAAGAAGCUGGAGAGACAGAACUGCACGCUGCAACCUCCCCUUGCAGGCAUCGCUUGCUCUCAGCCUUAGAAAAUCAUAGAAAAUCAUUUUGGAAGGCAGCUCCAUCUUGUAAGCAAGAACAGUAGCUGCUCCUGGGCACAUAGGAAGAGGUUUUACCCUUGUAUGUAGAACACACUUGGGCUAUUGUAUACUCAACUCUGAGGCAGAGCAUGCUGGAAAAAUCUGCCUGAUAUGUACAGCCAGGAGAAAUGAAAGCUUUGUCCCUGUGUGCAGGAUAAUGAUCCUGGUAAUUCCUUUCAGUUGCCUGUGAUUGAUCGAUCAGUGCACAUGGGCUUAGGUGAACAAAGGCUGAACAUGUUCCCAGAGAAGUGGUGGGUGCUCUGUCCCUGCAGACACCCAAGGUCAGGCUGGAUGGGGCUCUGAGCACCUAAUGGAGCUGUGGAGCUCUGUUCUUUGCAGGGGAGGUUGGACCAGAUGGCCUUUAAGAGCUCCUUCCAACUUGAACGGUUAUAUCAUUCUGUGACUCUAAAGACCUGGAGUGAUGCUUGGAGGCUUGUAAAAGCUCUGUGGAUGCCAAAGAUUUGAUGAAGCAGGAGCAUGAGAGGUCCUCAGCUAUGGCCAAUGAAAGGGCAUUGUCUAUGGCCUCAUGCACUGCAGGUGAGUGCUCAGCCCAGUCCCAAAGCAUUAGUGCAGAGUGCUCCUCCAGUGCCCAUUAGCCCUGGGGAUGCCAUCAAGUGCUGCAGCGAGACAUCAUUUCCGUAGGUAAUUGAAUGCUGUUGACCAGCGUGUGCUGCACAACUUCCACAUCAUGGAAUCAUUUGAGUUGGAAGGGACCCUUAGAGGUCAUCUGGUCUGACCCCCCUUCAAUGAACACCUAGAGUCGGGGGGGGAUGCUGGCUGCCAGGAGGUGACACAGGCUCUCUCUGCUCCUUUAUUCCAGGCAGAACAACAACAAUAACCUCCAGCCUUCAGCUCGGUGGGCUGCCCACACAGUGCCUUGCAGCAGGGCCACAGGGCACUGGGACACAGCCCCCACACUGACAGCAGGAAGCACAUUGUAAACUCGGAGCACUGAACGUGAGAAUGGAAAUAAACCGUGAAACGCCGCUCUCAUGAGCUUGCUGGAAAGAGCAUUAAUGCUGGUAAUGAAUAGUUCUUAAAUAUGAUGGAGGUGGAAGGCGUAAACUGAGUGCAGGCAAAGCUUUCAGAACUGUAGUGAAAACCAUCAGCACAUGCAAUUCAAUCUUAUUUCCCAUUUCAUUUCCAUGUUCCAUAAGCAGGCGCAAGCUUCGGGCCAUUGGCUCCCAGUGGCCCAGGAGGAGGUUCAUCCUCAGCUCAUCACAUCCCUCCCACAGGCAGCAGCCAGCAGCACGAUAUGACACACCACCGAGCUCAGCUCCAGCUUUGCUGCUGGGUAAGGAGCUGACAGGCUUCUCUUCUCUGCUCCUGCCAAAAAGAAGCUCUCUGUGUGGGCGUCCUGGCGGUCCAGCACUAGGAGAAGCUAUUCUGAGCAAAGAAAACUGGGGAGGAAAAGACGAAUGAAGCCCUAAAUGGCACGCCAGUUAGGUAUUUACAGUUGGAGCAAUGUCAGGACUGAAUUCCUUGAAAUGCAAUCACAGCACAUGUGGGAUUUGCAUGUUUCAUUAAGAAACAGUAAUGACGCAGCUUCAAAGGCAGCCUAAUAGCGGAAACUCUUCCAUGAAAUAUUCUGACCCAGACACCUCCGCCCUCAAAACAAAGGUACAGCACAGCACAGCACCUCGGUGCCUCAGUUCCAGCCGAGCUAAAUCGUCCUGGUGAAGCCAUGCAGCUGCUGCCGAGGUCAAACUUAUGGGGUGAUGGGGGCUGUACCCAGCUCUAGUGGGGGAUGGCGCCUUCAUCUCACUCAUUUGAGUUACAAAAGGGUUUUUCUUGGUGUCUCUCCCUUUUGUAUCCAGCGUGUUUGUCAAUUUGUAUGUUAUAACAGCAGUUUGUAAAUGGUGGUUGGGGGGUGUUUUUCACUGAGAUCCACUUCCAAGCUGAAUGGACUUUGAGUUUGUUGCAGAACAGCCACACUGUUAGCAAAGAACUGUGUUUUCCACAGCGAGCUGCAAAAAGAAAUGUGACAAUGGUGCCUCCCAAAAAUGCUGAUCUAUACUGUUCCUUAAAUAACCAUACAAGCAAUAACAUCCUCUGAUUAGUUAAACAAAAACACAUUUAAUGUAAAGAUUUUAUCUGGCUGCAAAUUAAAUACUUCAUUAUUGUAAUACCACCCAACAAGAGCUAACAAGAACCGUUUCUCUGGGAAACGAAACUGCAGAUGUAAAAGAACAUUAAAGAAAUUAUUUAAAUCAAUCUGUUCCCUUGGAGCGUUUCAUUAUUUUGAGUUACAGAUGUGGAAGUCCUCUAUGUGGAGGAUGAGCGAUAGGAGGGCUUUGCUGGUCCACCAGCAGGGUCCCACUUCCACCCAUCACUUCCAAGCACAGAAUUCCCAUGUACUACACGAGCUUGCCCAGUUUAUUUUGGGCACCUAUGACAAAACUCUUGAAUUUUCCUGUGAUGUAAGCACACGUAUGAAAACAUCCAUCAUUUGUGCAGGGAAAGCAUCAAUUCCAGUGCUGGGUGCCCACUUGCUGUAGUCCCUCCAGCAGCAGAUUGGGCCUCACUGCACACUGCAGUGCCCCCUGGGCAAAGCAGAGGCAGGGGACUUGUUGAACAGCAAGCUGAGCAAUAGCUGCCAAAAGGAGUGCAGGAAACAGCUGGGAAAGAAAGCAGCAGUGCAGACUGUGGGGUGAGCAGGAGAGCAAAUUAAUUAACUGCGAUGCAGCUACAAAGCAACACUUCCAUAUCCGAGCGGGGCAGCAGAGCGACCAGGAGGCAGAUGGCCCAGAGGCAAUCCCAACCAGCCAGAGCAGGCCCAGACUAUGCACUGUGCCCAUUUCUUACAGUCGUGAGGAGGAAACAGUCCUGAACCCUCUCUGGUGCUCUUGUGCAGCCAAGCAGCCUCGUGCUUCUCAGAAUGGUUCUGCUCCAAAAGUGUACGGGGUCCUGUGAUUCAUUAACGUCCAAUUCUCUCAUUGUAAUGGGGGAGCAGAGAAACUUAAUGAAAUCAUUAACAGGCAUUAGAAGUCUGUGUUUUGUUCUGCAAACCUGAAAGAAUAUCAGUAUUAAUGCUAUUUAAAAUGUACUUUUUUUUCAACUUUUUAAUAUGCUGUAAAGUGCCUCAAGUCUUUAGGAGCCUCAUACACUGGGAGCUUGGGCUCUGCAGUCUGUUCCACUGGCAAAGCAGCUCAUCCAAUGGGGGGAUUCAAUUGCUGGGCUGCUCUUCUGAGCCAGAUGAGAUCUGCAGUCCUUCACAAAUACCUGCUGGAGUCUGUGGGCUUUCAGGAAUCUGUGAGUGGAAAAGACAGGGCAGCAACCAGAAGGAAACCUUAUUUAAGAGAAAAACACGCAGGAAGAAUGAGUCUUAAAACAUUUCAGGUCUAUUAACGUGA